GUUUGGGUUCGUUUUUUUCUACUAAGUGGUUGGUGAUUAUGCUUGAUGUUUCAAUUGGGGAAGAAUAUUAAAGGGUCCAAUGUGGGCAUUAGACGAUUCCCUUUUUGGUUUUCAGCAUGUGAUGGCAAAUGGCAGUGGCAGUGGCAAUGGCAUUUUUUUGGGCACUUAGGCUGUCUUUUUAUUUGGAGAUGGGUUUGAGGAAAAUAAUUUGAAUCAACGGACACAAUCAUAAAUGAGAAAUCCCACAAAUUAUACUUGUUUGGUUGUUGAGAAACCAAAGGAAACAAAAUUGUGACUCUGACCCAAUGCCAACUGUCAAGUCUAAUUUACUAAACUACCCUCAUCACGAGGCACGCAUUCACUAUGCCAGCUGGCAAUUGUAGUUCUAUUUCACAGGAAACUAAAAUGGUAUAGGUGUAUAACUACCUUCCUUGGUAAAGCCCCAAGAUUUGAAUUUCAAAUUUGAAAUGAGCCGUUGAGGGAGAAAGCGAACAGAGAGGGAGAUCAGAAUGGUGGGAGGUGAAACGAAGAUUGAAUCUGCAUUUUCCUGGGCGGAUGAGGUUGAAAAAGAAGAGGAAGAAGCUAGAAUUAGAACCCAUGAAAGGCAGAGACCAAAUCCUUUUGGCUCUGCAAGGCCUAGAGAAGUCGUUCUCCAAGAGAAAGGGAUCGAUUGGCGAAAACUCGACCAAGAUCUUCACCAACCCUCCAAUACACGAUAUGAAACUCCGGUGGAGAAGCCUCUUAAAGAAAACAACCCUGCAUAUUCGGCCCGGGCUGCCAACAAAAAACAGGAGAUUUCCUCAGGCAGAAGUCUGCAAUCAAAAUCUGAAAUUAGAGAUCCGGGGUUUAACAGAAGGGAAGUUUCAGGGGGUUUUAUGACUCCCCAGAAGCAGAUGGGUGGAGUAUUUGUUGGUCCCCCACCAAGAUAUCAAACUAGAAAUGUCUUGGCCUGUUUAUCAGAGGAGGCAUAUCACAACUCCUAUAGAUUGGAUAGCGAGGAUAGGAAGUUUCGGUAUAGGAAUCACAUUGAUUUUCUGUACAAGAAUAGCAAUGAGGCGGGAAGAGAGAUGAUGUUUCAUGAACCCCAGACGACGCAAUUUUAUAACUCCAGCGGGCUGGGCAUUGAGGAGCACAUUCACCACUAUGAUGACCAGUUUGGCGCACAUAACUCUCUUGUUGGAUGGGAGAGGGAAUACACAGAGUUCGAUUUCGGUGUAAGAAGAUCCAGUGGGGUAGAGUUGAGGCGUCCAUGGAUGGAGGCACUACAUUGUGGGAGAAACUUGGGAAAAUCAGUGGCUUGUGAGGAAAGGCGAGAUGCAGACGCUGAUUAUAACAGAAGGAAGUUCAUGAACCAUAGUUCAGGAUGUUGGCCACUGGUAAAUGAAAGGAGAGAAGCCCUUCUCAUUCAUGAGAAAAGGCCACCAUCUGUUGAUGAUCAUGCAAGAAAUGGUGGAGUUGGCAGAAGGCUGAUGAACCCGCCUUCCAAUGGAGCUGCACAGCAAAGGAGAGAAACCCUUCUCAUUCAUGAGAAAAGGCCACCAUCUGUUGAAGAUCAUGCAAGAAAUGGUGGAGUUGGCAGGAGGCUGAUGAACCCGCCUUCCAAUGGAGCUGCACAGCAAAGGAGAGAAACCCUUCUCAUUCAUGAGAAAAGGCCACCAUAUGUUGAUGAUCAUGCAAGAAAUGGUGGAGUUGGCAGGAGGCUGAUGAACCCGCCUUCCAAUGGAGCUGCACAGCAGAGACAGCAGCAGCAGCAACGGCAACAUAACAAUUCAGGCAGCAGAAUGGUAAAGUUAACUAGAAGAGAGAUGUACCAGGAAAAAAAGGAAAACGAGACAGAAUGCCAGAGAGACGCUGGACGAUUCGCACCCUCCAUGGAAGAAGCUGGUGAUGGUGAGAGAGCAGAAGGACAGUGCAAUAUGAAGAAGGGAGCAAAUUCUGCUGGGAACUACAGGAAGAGAAUGAUGAAAUCAGGACCUGAAAGCUACCACCAGCAUGGGAAAAGAAGAUGAACUAAUUGCUUGAAUGCAAUAUGUAAUGACUUAGGGUUUUCUAACUGGAAACUGAUGUUAAUUUUUGCUAAUUGUUUUUAUUAAAGAUAGUUAAUUGGAGCCCUACAUUGCUGGCAAUGAAAAUGAUGAAUGGAGAAGUAAAUCAUUAAUGAAAUCGAUUCCAUAUCUAUGGAACCAUA